AUGAAGAAAGAAGAACACAAACCGUUAUUAGACGCAUCUGGUGCAGAUCACUUAGAUGACGAUCCUACAGCUACCGCCAUCUUAAGAAAAAAGAAGAAGGCUAAUAACUUGUUGGUCGACGAUGCUACCAAUGAUGAUAACUCUGUCAUUGCCAUCAACUCUAAUACCAUGGAUACUUUAGAAUUAUUCCGGGGGGACACUGUUUUGGUUAAGGGUAAGAAGAGAAAAGACACCGUCUUGAUCGUUUUAAUUGAUGACGAGCUAGAAGACGGUGCAUGUAGAUUGAACCGUGUUGUUCGUAAUAAUCUACGUAUCAGAUUAGGUGACCUGAUCAGUGUGCACCCAUGUCCAGAUAUUAAAUACGCUACUAGAAUAUCUGUCUUACCAAUCGCAGAUUCCAUUGAAGGGCUAACAGGUAAUCUAUUUGACGUCUUCUUGAAGCCUUACUUUGUUGAAGCAUAUAGACCUGUUAGAAAGGGGGAUCAUUUCAUAGUAAGAGGUGGUAUGAGACAAGUAGAAUUUAAGGUUGUUGAUGUGGAACCUGAAGAAUACGCUGUCGUUGCACAAGAUACCGUUAUUCAUUGGGAAGGUGAACCAAUUAACAGAGAGGAUGAAGAAAAUAACAUUAACGAAGUUGGUUACGAUGACAUUGGUGGUUGUCGUAAACAAAUGGCUCAAAUUAGAGAAAUGGUUGAAUUACCUUUGAGACAUCCUCAAUUAUUUAAAGCCAUUGGUAUUAAACCACCAAGAGGUGUCCUAAUGUAUGGUCCACCUGGUACUGGUAAGACAUUGAUGGCUAGAGCUGUUGCGAACGAAACAGGUGCCUUCUUCUUCUUAAUAAAUGGUCCAGAGGUUAUGUCCAAGAUGGCCGGUGAAUCUGAAUCUAACUUAAGAAAGGCCUUCGAAGAAGCUGAAAAGAAUGCACCAGCUAUUAUUUUUAUAGAUGAAAUUGACUCUAUUGCACCAAAGAGAGAUAAGACAAAUGGUGAAGUGGAAAGAAGAGUUGUUUCCCAAUUAUUGACUUUAAUGGAUGGUAUGAAAUCUAGGUCAAAUGUUGUCGUCAUUGCAGCUACUAAUAGACCAAACUCCAUUGAUCCUGCAUUGAGGAGAUUUGGUAGAUUCGAUCGUGAAGUUGAUAUUGGUAUCCCCGAUGCCACAGGAAGAUUAGAAGUGCUACGUAUCCAUACCAAAAACAUGAAAUUAGCUGAUGAUGUUGACUUGGAAUAUAUUGCAUCAGAAACUCAUGGUUAUGUUGGUGCUGAUAUUGCAUCUUUAUGUUCUGAAGCUGCCAUGCAACAAAUUCGUGAAAAGAUGGAUUUAAUAGAUUUAGAUGAAGAAGAAAUUGAUGCUGAAGUUCUAGAUUCAUUAGGAGUCACGAUGGAUAACUUCAGAUUUGCCUUAGGUAACUCUAACCCAUCUGCCCUACGUGAAACUGUUGUGGAAAGUGUUAAUGUUACUUGGGAUGAUAUUGGUGGUUUAGAUGAAAUUAAACAAGAAUUAAAAGAAACCGUCGAAUAUCCUGUUUUACAUCCAGAUCAAUAUACGAAGUUUGGCCUAUCUCCAUCAAAGGGUGUUCUUUUCUAUGGUCCACCAGGUACAGGUAAGACUUUAUUAGCAAAGGCUGUGGCCACGGAGGUUUCUGCUAACUUCAUAUCUGUCAAGGGUCCUGAAUUGUUAAGUAUGUGGUACGGUGAAUCAGAAUCCAACAUUCGUGAUAUCUUUGACAAGGCAAGAGCAUCUGCACCAACUGUUGUGUUCUUGGAUGAAUUGGAUUCCAUUGCCAAGGCAAGAGGUAAUUCUGCUGGUGACAAUGGAAGUGAUAGAGUGGUGAAUCAAUUAUUGACAGAAAUGGAUGGUAUGAAUGCCAAGAAGAAUGUUUUCGUCAUUGGUGCCACCAAUAGACCCGAUCAAAUUGAUCCAGCUAUUCUAAGACCAGGUAGAUUAGAUCAAUUGAUUUAUGUUCCACUACCAGAUGAACCAGCUAGAUUAUCCAUUUUGAAAGCACAAUUGAGAAAGACUCCAUUAGAACCAGGUCUUGAUCUUAACGCUAUUGCUAAAGCUGCACAAGGUUUCUCUGGUGCAGAUUUAUCAUAUAUUGUUCAAAGAGCUGCUAAAUUCGCCAUUAAAGAAUCUAUUGAAUUACAAAAACUCCUUGAAGAAUCUAAGGAAGUUAAGGCAGAAGAAGAUAUUGAAAUGGGUGAUUCUGGUGCUGAACCAAAACAAGAAUCCGAAGAACCAGAAGAAGAUCCAGUUCCAUUCAUUACUAAAGAACAUUUUGCUGAAGCUAUGAAGACUGCUAAGCGUUCUGUUUCCGAUGCAGAAUUACGUCGUUAUGAAGCUUACUCACAACAAAUGAAGGCUUCCAGAGGCCAAUUCAGUAGUUUUGAUUUCGAAAAUGCUGACGCAAGUGGUAACGGUGGUAAUGGUGCUUCAUUCGGUGCUGAUGGUGCUGGUGAUGACGAUGAUUUGUACAACUAA